GUGAGACGGAUACCGAUUGCUGCUGGCUUACAUUAAACUACUCACGUCGUGCAUAGGUAGUCAGCGUGCCCGGACCAGACCCGCAGCAUCGAAGAAGAAAGGGUCCGACCAGUUUCUUUUCCCAGUGAGGAGUCCAUUUCGCAGGCAUUUUUUUAGUGCGAAGCACUGGACGGUGGAUAUACGUGCGCGCAAGCAACUCCUUCCUUCAACAGAGCAACGACCUCUGUCUCCGGGAAGAUGGAGCCGACGGGCCGCCAGUACCGCAUGACCGGCUUCGGCGACUUCCUGGAAUGGCGCACUCUGCGAUUCGCCGAGCCCUUGCCCAAGAUCCGGGUUUGCGCGCUGUGCGGCGUCGUGGCCUCGGUGCUCAAGUUGCUACCCUGCACCCACGUCCUGUGCGAGUCCUGCGAGGGCCAGGCCGUGGACGCGGGUCGCCUCUGUCCCAUAGAGGGCGCCAGCUUCGACGGCGAAGACGUGCAGACCAUGCCCUUCCCGCGGCGCGACCUCGGCGAGCGCCGGGUGUUCUGCUUCAACUACGCCGGAGACGGCGAAGGGUGCGACUUCGCCGGGAAGCUGGAAGAGCUCGAGCAGCACUUCGUGGUGGACUGCUUCCACGGUCGCGUGCAGUGCUCCAAGUGCGCGGGCGAGGUCGCUCGCAAGGAUGUCUUCGAGCAUUACGUCGGAUGCGUGGGAGGCGAUGACUGGAGCAGCAGCGGCGUGUCGUCCGACGGUAGGGUGAGCUUCAACGCCGAGGACGUGAUGCGCCUGGCGUCAGCGCUGAGGGACCUUCAGAAUGGGCUGAACAAGGCGUCGCUCCACGAUCCCGCCGGCGAUGCCAAGAUUUCCGCGCUUCGACACAGGGCCAACUCGCUUGCCAACUUCCUCGAUUUCCUGGACCCUCAGGGCGAAGGCGAACAAGGGGACCGGACCUCCCAACGUUACAGCUGGUGCGAUUCCGAGACAGGCACGGCAACGAUCUGCAAGUUCGUGGGCGUCGCGUCCAUGCGCAAGGCCGACGACCCGACGCUAAGACUCGGGCAGCCUCAUACGCUGGAUGGGUACACGUUCAACUUGGCGUGCAAGUUCGAAAGGUCGUGGGGCAAACUUUCCGGCGUCUUCCUGCUCUUCGCCCUCUGCGCCGGCGGCAAGGACGACGCAGUAGAAUGGCCGUUCGCCAAGCGGGUCACGCUGAGCAUCGCCCACGCCAAGAAAGAAGGCAGCGACAUCAGAGUUCCAGUGAAUAUAUGCCCGGAAAAGGACGCGGAGUCCUUGAAGAGGCCUCAGGCUGACGUGACGCCGAGGUGGAUACAGUCGGAGAAGGUCAGCUGGAAGCAGGUUGAGAAGAACGGUCUCGUCCAUGACGACUGCCUGUAUGUUGCCGUUGCCUUCGAGUAAUGGCCUCCUCUGGAUUGCGAAGCAUGUUGACUCGCUUCAUAGGCGUUGUUCUAGCAAUGGCUGUUAUGACGUUACCGGUUGCUUCCAUGGCCUACAGUAUUGUAAUGCAUGGCGUUCGAGAUCGGUUUACAACGAAAGCCAUCUUGGAGGCUGUGAAGGGGGGGGGGGGGGGGGUAGAGGUGGACGCCAUCUUCUACGCUGUUAAAAACGAGCAAACAUUUUCGUCUUGGUCCCACCUUCUGGCAAGAGCUUCGGAAAACAUGGAGAAUCGCUUCCCUAGCAUUUCCGCCAUGGCGAUUAGAACACGUGAUGCGCCAAACAGCCGGUUUUUCUGCCUAGUGUUUUUCUGUCCUGUUUGUUCCUUCUUGACAAUAUGAUCGAACAUCGCGUGAAAGUUCCGCCAAGUUUGCGCUGUUUUCGAGCCUGAUUCGCUUCUUCUAACUUUGCGUGUCAGAAGGCGUUAAAUUAUUAAAUUGUGGGGUUUUACGUGCCAAAACGACUUUCUGAUUAUGAGGCACGCCGUAGUGGAGGACUCCGGAAAUUUCGACCGCCUGGGUUUCUUUAACGUGCACCUAAAUCUAAGUAGUACACGGGUGUUUUCGCAUUUCGCCCCCAUCGAAAUGCGGCCGCCGUGGGCGGGAUUCGAUCCCACGGCCUUGUGCUCAGCAGCCUAACACCAUAGCCACUGAGCAACCACGGCGGGUAGAAGGCAUUGCGCACCCAGUCCCUCGCACCAGUUUUUCUAGGACACAAAUAUUUUUAGAUGUUUUAAUAAAUUCUGUAUAUAUAUAGGGAGCGGCCUUCGUCCUACAGUGAACAUAAAACAGGCUGACGACGACGGCGACGAUGAUGAUAACGACGAGGCCUGCGCUCCUUCGGUGGGGAGGGGAGGAAAGGGUGAUUGUGUUCCCAUCUGUGCGGAACUAAAAGAAUGUGAUUAAACCUUGUUGCGCAAA